ACUGAGGGCGCUGGGCUGCCCCCUGUCCAGUUCUCGCAGGCCGCCAGGCCCCCUCCAGCCGGGGCCGUGGAGCACCGAGGCAAAGGCCGGGGCCCCCCCAUGAAGGAGCGCGACGCGGCCCCGGCCGAGCGGGGCAAGCCGGCCACCUACACCGGGGACAAGAAGGCGAAGAUGGCGGCCAAGACCAACAAGAAGUGGGUCCGGCUCGCCACCGUGUUUGCCUACGUGCUCUCUGUGUCGCUGGCCGCCAUCGUGCUCGCCGUCUACUAUAGCCUCAUCUGGCAGCCAGUGGGCGCCGGGACCUCGGGAGGGGGUGCUGGCCCGCCCCCCGGCGGCUCCAACGCCACCGGCCCGUCCGGGACUUCGGGGGCAGCGGCGGCAGGGCCCAACACUACCGGGUUGUCCCGCCGCGAGGCGCCACGCGCUGCGCCCCCACUGCAGGUGGAUCGGCCGAUGCCUCCGGAACCCCCUGCAGACAGCCCCCAAGCUGGGCCACUGGAGCGGCAGCGUGGGCCGGACGAGGAAGAGGAGGAAGCGGCGGCGGCGCCCCGGAGUCGUUGAACCCCUCUGCGCAGGGGGCAUCCGGAAACCAUUCUCCCCAAGCCCAGAGGCAGGACUGUGCAGCAGGAUGAGACAGGGAGCCCGCCGGGCAGACCCCCACGAGAGUGAACGCCCCCCUAACCCUCUAAGAUCGUCGGCCCGCCCCAAGAACCCGUGGCCCGAAGCCGGAUGUUCAGCCAAGGGACCACGAUUCGCCGGGGACUCGGGGUUUGGUCUUCCCAGGAUCGUGCUGUGCCAGGGCCCUGAGCCAUAGGGGGGUGGGGGAGGGGUGGGGAGCUCCCAUCACCGAACCCGUCCGCGGCGCUCGCUCUGGUGUAUCCUAUGUGCCGGGGUGACUGGGGCUUUCCCCCAAGACUCAGGGGAAGGAGGGGGCUGUAGGGGCUCUUUUUUAAUAAGCUGAAGCUCUCGCAAGAAGGAGGGCACCAAAAGUAGUGGAGCUCAGGUACGUCAACCUAGUUGCAGUGGCCAGAAAUGCAUUUAAUUUAUAGAUCCCUGUAUAUAGUUGUUGACAUAUGCACUAGAAGCUAUAAUCACUUAGAACUCUAUGUAUGCUCCCACAUCCUGGGUAGCUGCUGACUGCUGGGGUCAAGCAAGGGCUAUUUGCUGGCCCCAUAGUGCACCUAGCCAGAAGGGCACAGGCACGGCUUUUUUCAUCAUCCUCCUUUCUCCCCUGUUCCCCUUGUUUUUGAAAGAUAAGUUUAUGACAUUCUUGCACAAAAGAGUAUAAUCAUUCUUAGACUAUUGACAGAGGAAAACCUUAGGCAAAGUAGAAGCAGUUUAGGGAGGGUGAGGAAUGUACUGAUCCCCUCCUCUUCCUACCCUAGUGCCCCCACCAAAGAGGCUUCCUGUUGCAGCCCUGAGUAUCUGGAUAUGGGCCAGGGAGGAAGGAAGGGAAAGAGCAAUGCUGCUGUGCUUCAGCCAUGGCCCUCCCUGCACAGAAUUCUUUUAGGAAGAACAAGCUUUUCCUACAGCAACAAAGCAGCCCUGCGACUGAGAUGAAAUCUGUUGUGACACCAGAGCUUUGAUCACACAUCCUCUGGGUUUGAGUUAUACUGCAGAAUCAGAAAAGCUAGAAGGUGGGCUUCAGACUCAGGAUUGUGCUUGGAGAGCCAGUUACUAGGCCAGCCAUGGGAAGUUUGAAUUGGCUGUGUUUACCUUUCCUGAUAAGCUGUACUUAAAUGCAGCCUGUAAUUUUUAAAGGAGAUGAGAAACAUCAAGAGAAAUGAUAAUACAUAUAGCUCUGGGGCAGCAAGAAUUAUGCUUCCUCAAUUUGGAUUCCAUUUCCUUCUGCCACUUGCUUUUAGGCAAUUGAAUGUGGGUAGGGAUGAGAUAUCAAACCCCUUAGUGCUUCCUUUUUGGGAAAUGAGGCACUUUUUAAAAAAAAAAAAAAAAGAUAAAAAACUUACUCACCUGAGUCCUGAAACAGUUGGUCUCUCCAGUUUUCUUGCCUACAUUCUAGUUAGCUCUGAUCCAAGUUUACAGGACAACAGCCUUGUUUUAAGCCAUGUCCUGGUGUGGGCAAGAUAAUAGCAAUUGAGCUGUCACAGCCUACCAGCAGGCUGGUAACACCUCCAAGGUCUCUUGGCUAGAGAUUUCUUAGCAGCUGACUAGGUCUUCAGUCAUUAGGAAGCCUAUGAAGCCUUUAAAUUUUUGGUGGGAGACUGGGGGGAAAACAUAAAAUGCCACUUUAUAACUUCAAUAAUAGCCUGUAAUUUAUAUUUACUGUGUGAAUUUUUAGUCCUAUAUUUUAAUAAUUUGUAAAUUGAUCUCUUAUUCCAAGAAUCCUUUGAACUCAUAGGAGAAUAUCUGGGAGUCCAGUCCCUGUCCUCUUCCCGACCCCUGUUUUCUGGACUGUUUCAAUCCACUUUGGGAUGGAUCAGAGAGUCUAGGGAGACCACUCAUAGGUCCAGCUGCUGGUCUCCUGACUCUAAAGCCUUCACUGGAAUUAGGACAUUUGGUCCAGCCCUAGCUGUGAACAUGACCAGAGACAUUAUUUAUAAUUCAGCCAUUUAAGAUAUUCCUGUACUCAAAAAGUCCUGUAUAUUUUUUAAAAGUUUUAUUUUUCAGGUGAACAAAAAUACAUUCUAAGAACUCUGCCUA